AUGCCACUUAGCUCCAACGCCGUGCUUGCUUUUGAGACGUGGAAGGUCUGCCUCCACGGCCCAUGUAAUGGCUUGCGCCCAUUCUUCCAUCUUCGCUUCGCGUUCCUCCUUGGCGUCCUGACGGGACACCCGCUGCGGCUGGCCAUCACCAACAACCGUGGCCGCUCCGGUGUGCUUGCGCUGCGCCGUCUCCGCGAGCGCUACAUCCGCAGCGGCAAGGACCACGUCAGCCGCCUCAGGCAGCAGCUCUCCUCAACCACCUGGUUGCCCACGGAUACCGUCGACACGUUCAUGUCCCGCAUCACGGACAUCAACUCGCAGCUCCUUGCUGCCGGCGUGUCCAUCCCGGAGGACGACCUGCGCACCCUCGUCCGCAACGAACUCCCCGCGGAGUUUGAUGUGGCGAUGCGGUUCAUGGAGCGCGAGGACCCGCCGCCGUCACUGUCCAAGAUGACGGCGGACCUCAUCCAGGAAGAGCGCCGCCUGCAUCGUCCCAAGAAGCGCACGCCUGUGCUCGCCAUCGGUGGGCCAGGCUCUGGCUCCUUCGCUGCAUCGCCGAUGCACGCUGGCACGUCGCCCUCCGACACGAGCGGUGGACCAUGCUGUCCACCUGCAGAGCGCGUGACUUGCGCGUUCUGCAACUUUGUUGAGACACGACAGGUGUGUGUGUGUGUGUGUUUACUGUAG